AUGGGAGAUAAAGUAGAAGGCGUCGAUACCUGCGAUGAAUUUUUCGCGACAAAUCCCAAGCCAUCCGAUUAUGAUAAACAAUCGAAACGAAUGAAAGACUUUUGUCAGCACCACACCAAUUUGAAAACAAAAAUUGUUUUGAUCACGUCUGGAGGUACAACGGUGCCGUUGGAACAAAAUACCGUCCGAUUUGUUGACAAUUUUAGCGCCGGCACUAGAGGGGCAUCGUCUGCUGAAUACUUUCUGAAAAGCGGAUAUGCUGUUAUUUUCUUGUACAGGUCAGGCUCCUUAGAACCAUUUACUCGACAUUUUCCAGGACAUACAUUACUUGAUGCACUAGACAUUUCUUACGAAGGAGAAAACACAAAUAUAGCAGUGCGUACGGAGGUCAUACCGAAGCUGUUGCCAGUGCUGCAAGACUACCACAAUGCUAUAGAGUCAAACAGAUUUUUGGGAAUUCAGUUCAAAACCCUCUCUGACUACGCUUGGUUGGUCCAUGCUGCAUGUGAUGCUGUACAACCUCUCGGCAACCGUGUGAUGUUGUAUAUGGCUGCUGCUGUUGCUGACUUCUAUGUUCCUGCAAAAGAGAUGCCCGAACAUAAAAUUCAGUCAUCUGGUGGCAGUCCUAAAAUCCAGCUACGUGUAGCCCCAAAGAUUCUGAGAGAGGUGGCAACAAAGUGGGCGGUGAGCACCUACAUCGUCUCAUUCAAGCUGGAGACCGACGAGGGGCUACUGGUGCCAAAGGCGAAGAAUGCUCUGGAGAGGUAUAAACACAAGAUGGUGAUUGGAAAUAUUCUGAACACCAGAAAGUACAGAGUGCUGAUUAUAACACCAGACAGUGAAAAGGAAAUACUACUCUCACCAGAGGAGCAGUCGGCCGGCGUCGAGAUAGAGAGCAAGAUAGUGGCCGUGCUCGCGGAUAAGCAUAGCGCACACAUCGAAUCUGCGGCUAGCAGUUGAUGUAAUAAGCAGUCAUUAGAUGCAAUCUAGGGAAAUUUUGGUGUCAUUUGUAAUGUGCUUAGUUUUUGUGAGAAUGAUGUAUUUUAGAUAAAACAUUGCAUACAAAAUAAAUCAGAAUGUUUCAUAUGUUUAAAAACUGGAAAAAUUACAAGCUAUUUUUUGCUAUGGCGUACCUGUUGGUUAGCAUACAAAUGUGUACCUGAUGUAGUAUUGUAUUGUAUUGUAUAUUUAUUGGUCCUGUGCAUCAUACAUUGUACAGGGGUACAUAGUGGUAUAGGACAAGUCCAAAAAUUGCAAUACAUUUUGAACAGAAACUGUUGUAUGGUUUACAGGAUAUAGCAAUAUAAGCCUAACAUAUGGGAAAAACAGUCCACAAAUACACAAAUAAAUUUUACACACACACACACACACACACACACACAAACACACACACAAACACACACACACACACACAGGUAUGACAGUCUACACAUUUGUAGUACACAUUUGUAGAAUACACGAAUAAAUUUAUACAUAACAUUUCUUAUUUUGGCCUUAGUUGUAUAAACUAUUUAAUGUUUUUUACAUGUUUACAUAGUAGAUAAAAAUCCAUCUGCACUUCACGAGCUAUUCUGUAGCAGGUAGUCGCUGACUGCAGAUCUGAAUUUAUGUGAGCUAGUUGUUGCCUUAAUUUUUUAGGUAUUUUGUUGUAGAGUUCUUUUUCUGUCUACAGGGGCUCCUUUUUGUUUUAGUGCCAUAUGUGCAAACUGCACAUGUAAUCGUUGUUAUUCCUUGUGUUGUAUGAAUGGAUAUUUUGUUUUUUUUGGGGGGGGGGCAAUCUUGCUGUUGUCAUCUAUUAUUUUCUUUGUGAACAUUGUAGUUUCUAAGAUACAUAAUCAUGGUAAUGGAAGAA